AUGUGUGAGUAUAUCGGGGCCGGCCGGCUGCUGCUACUGGAUCUGUGGAGGGGAAAUCACUCGAUCUACGAGCGGCUGCUACUGGAGCUGGCUGAUGCUUUCGGGGAAGGCUGCUGCUUGCGGGGAACGCUGGCUGCCUUCGGCGUUGGCUGCUUCGUUCGGCUUGAGCUACUGCUGGCGGGGGAGCGACUGGUACUAAUCGAGCAGAUAUGCUAUAGCUCAUUGUUCAACGAAAGAUUGAAGCAUCACCCGAAGUCUUUCUGGAAUUACGAAAACGAGCAACGCAAAGAGUCCGGGCUCCCAUCAUCAAUGGAAUACAACGGGGAAGUUGCUGCCACUCAGGAUGCAUGCCGUUUCUUUUCCAAGCAGUUUGCAAGUGUUUUCACCAAUGAGGUAUUGAGCGCGGACCGUGUUGCCCUAGCAGCCAACAACGUUCCAAUAUAUGGUCAUACGCUGGGUGCCAUUGACAUCAAUGUCGAUAUGAUUUCGAAGGCUGUUACCAUGCUCAAGUCAUCCUUCAACCUUGGACCUUAUGGAGUACCUUCUGUAUUCCUGAAGAGCCACAUAGACUGCUUGCUGACACCGCUGCUUCGUUUAUUUCAAAUGUCCAUCUCCAGUGCGAUUUUCCCGUCGUGUUGGAAAUUUGCACAUAUGUUCUCUGUACACAAAAAAGGAAGUAAACGAGAUGUAGACAACUAUCGAGGCAUCACAUCGCUGAAUGCAAUCUCGAAACUGUUUGAGCUGGUGUUCAUGGAACUUCUGCUUUCCCACUGUAAGCAAUAUGUAAGUGCUGAUCAACAUGGCUUCACGUUCCAGCGUUUUACCACUACUACUCUGCUGUGUCUUACAUCAUACAUAACGGAGGGUAUCGCACAACGAGCUCAAACAGAUGUUUUGUACAUCGAGCUGUCGACAGCCUUUGACUAG